AUGUUAGUUAGCAGUGUAGAAGUUAUUGCGGUAGUCACAAAUGCCUUGGUGUUGGAUAGAAUCGGUAGAAAGAAAACUUUAAUGAUUGCUUUUCUUGUAUGCGGAGUUUCUUGUGGGUCGAUUGCAUUUGUACCCAAGAACAUACCCUGGUUGGCAACUGUCUUGUACUUGGUGGGCAAAAUAGCCAUUACACAAGCUUUUAGUGGCAUUUAUAUGUAUACAUCAGAACUUUUCCCGACCCAUGCGCGGCAGUCACUGCUUGGAUUUUGCUCUAUGAUAGGAAGAAUUGGAUCCAUUGUUUCACCUCAGAUGCCUUUACUGGCUAUUUAUAUUGACUGGCUGCCAUCAGUGCUUUUCGGGGCCACUGCUAUAAUAGCUGGCGGCCUAAUGAUGACUACCCCUGAAACACUUAACACUAAACUUCCAGAUACAAUAAAAGAAGCCGAACUUAUAGCAAGCAAAAAAAUAAAUCCCAAAAGUGCUGACAUACAAUUAACAUAA